UUGACUUCAGUAGAGAGGUAGAGAGGUGCGACGCAGCGUGUUUCCAAGUCAAAGUAGUAACUUUUUAAAACCACAAAUGCUGAACUACGAUUGGACCAGAUGUAAAGAUAACACUACCAUGGUGGAAUAAGUUAAUUUCAUUUUUAUUUACUAAGUACGAGUCAAUUCCCCACUUCCCACACUUUUUUUUUUUUUUAAAGAAGUCACCAUCCAGGGAGCUCUCAACUUUUGGUGCUCUUAUGUGGAUUUUACAGCAAACAUGGAGCAAAUGCCCGGUUUCUCCUCGGGAAAGUCGCUAGUCCUCAUCCUGGGCUUCAUUCACCUCUCUCUGGCUCUUCAGUGCGUGGAUAAUAAAGCACCAUGUGUUAACAACGCUACCUGUCAGACCUUUAGCAACGGCACAGGAUACUGCAGAUGUGCACCAGGCUUCCUGGGAGAAUAUUGCCACCAUAAGGACCCCUGCCACCCCGGCUUCUGCCUGAAUGGUGGGAAUUGCUCCGUGUCCAUGCUAGCUGGCGUACCUGUACCCGGCAGCGCCACCUGUAUGUGCCCGCUCGGCUUCAUCGGACAGCACUGCCACAUUCCUCAGAACUCCACGUGCUACCCCAACAACCCCUGUGCCAACAAAGGCGUCUGCACCUUGCUGUCCCUUGACAAAUAUACUUGCAACUGCGCCAGAGGAUGGACAGGACCACGCUGUGAGUACGAGGACAGCUGCCUCUCUAGUCCUUGCGGCAACGGUGGAUCGUGUCGCUCUUUGCCAGGCGGGAGCUACAUGUGUUACUGUCCACCUGGUUACACAGGUCUUCGCUGCCUCAAUGACACAAACGAAUGUGCCGCCACACCCUCAAUAUGUCAGAAUGAAGGAGAGUGUGUCAACACCCCUGGCUCUUACAAGUGUAUCUGCGGCCUUGGUUUCACUGGUCGACACUGCGAAAGCUCCUACAUCCCUUGUUUUCCUUCCCCCUGUCUGAAUGGAGGCACAUGCCACCAGAACUCUGAAACCAGCUACUCGUGCCACUGCCUUCCAGGAUUCAAUGGGACCAACUGUGAGAACAACAUUGAUGACUGCCCAGGUCAUCAAUGUGAAAAUGGUGGAACCUGCAUGGAUGGAGUCAACACAUACAACUGCCAGUGCCCUCCCGAGUGGACUGGUCAGCACUGCACAGAAGAUGUGGAUGAAUGUCGCCUACAACCCAACACUUGCCAGAACGGCGGCACCUGCAACAACCUCGCCGGUGGUUAUGUAUGUGUGUGCGUCAAUGGUUGGAGCGGGCCAGACUGCUCAGAAAAUAUUGACGACUGUGCUACGGCGGCUUGCACUCAAGGCUCCACGUGCAUUGAUCGUGUUGCCUCUUUUAUUUGCUUCUGCCCCAAAGGAAAAACAGGUUUACUUUGCCAUAUAGAUGACGCCUGUAUCAGCAACCCUUGUAGGGAGGGCUCCCAAUGUGACACCAACCCCAUCAGUGGCAUGUUCAACUGUAACUGUCCGCCAGGGUAUGUUGGCAGCACCUGCAACGUGGACAGAGACGAGUGCAGCAUUGGAAGCAACCCUUGUGAGCAUGGUGGUCAGUGUGUGAACACCGACGGGUCCUUCACAUGUAAUUGUGUGAGGGGUUACACCGGCCCACGUUGUGAACAAGAUGUCAAUGAGUGCGCAUCAAACCCCUGCCAGAAUGACGGCACUUGUUUGGACCGCAUCGGAGACUACACUUGCAUCUGCAUGCCUGGUUUUGAGGGCACUCACUGUGAGACGGAGGUGAAUGAGUGUCUCAGCUCCCCCUGCUUGAACCAGGGUAAAUGCCUGGACCAAGUCAGCCGCUUUGUUUGCGAGUGUCCAGCAGGUUUCAGCGGUGAAAUGUGCCAGAUAGACAUCGAUGAGUGUUCAAGCACACCCUGUUUAAAUGGAGCCAAGUGCAUCGACCGACCUAAUGGAUAUGACUGUGAAUGUGCUGAAGGCUUUACAGGUCUACUUUGUGAAGAGAACAUCAAUGACUGCCAGCCAGAGCCGUGUCACCAUGGUGUGUGUAAGGACGGUAUCGCCACCUUCUCCUGUGAGUGCCAGCCAGGAUACAUGGGCUCCAUCUGCAACAUCCAAGUCCAGGAGUGCCACAGCAACCCUUGUCAGAACCGAGGACGAUGCAUUGACCUUGUCAAUGCCUACCAAUGUAACUGUCCAUCUGGAACUGCAGGGGUGAAUUGUGAGAUAAAUGAAGAUGACUGUGCCAGCAACCCAUGCGAGUACGGCGAGUGCCAGGAUGGCAUUAAUGAGUACAAGUGUGUGUGCUCCCCAGGAUACACGGGAAUUAAAUGUGACGUGGAUAUCAACGAGUGUGACUCCAAUCCAUGUAUGAGUGGAGGGACCUGCAUUGACAAGAUUAAUGCAUUCCACUGCCUAUGCCCACCCAGCACCCAUGGACCCUUGUGUCUCUCAGGGAUCGACCAUUGUGAACAUCAGCCUUGCGUACAUGGGCAAUGUGUUGAACAGCAGCAUGGCUACCACUGUGAGUGUGAAGCCGGCUGGGUAGGACAACACUGCGAGCAGGAAAAGGACGAGUGCCAGCCUAAUCCGUGCCAAAAUGGUGGCUCUUGUGUGGACCGACAUAAUGGCUACACAUGUGUGUGCCAACCUGGAUUCAGAGGUGUGAACUGCGAGAAGAACAUAGAUGAAUGUGCGUCAAAUCCCUGUCAAAAUCAAGGCUUUUGUAUCGACAGAGUCAACGGUUACACUUGCCAGUGUAGUCCACCAUUCACAGGUAAAAACUGCAGAGAAGAGCUUGCCCCUUGUGCCUCUCAUCCGUGCGAGAGGGGAGGAGUGUGUCGUCCAACUGCAGACUACACCUCCUACACCUGUCGAUGUCCUGCUGGAUGGCAAGGGCCACGUUGCAGUGAGGAUGUAAAUGAAUGCAAAAAGAAUCCCUGCAGGAACGGCGGCCGCUGUGUAAACAGCCCAGGCAGCUACAUGUGUAAAUGUGAGCCUGGAUACAGCGGACACAACUGUCAGACAGAUGUGGACGAUUGUUCACCCAACCCAUGCUUAAAUGGAGGCUCUUGCAUGGAUGAUGUUGGAGAUUUCGCCUGCAAGUGCCAUCCAGGAUUUGAAGGGGUCCGGUGCGAGACCGAGAUUGAUGAGUGUGCCAGCCAACCCUGCUGGAAUGGAGCCAACUGCCGGGAUUAUGUCAACAGCUUUGUUUGCGAAUGUCGGCCAGGCUUUGAUGGAAUCCUGUGUGAACACAACAUCCAGGAAUGCACAGAAAGCUCUUGCCUGAAUAACGGGUCGUGUAUUGAUGACAUCAACACCUUUACAUGUCGCUGCCGACCCGGUUUCUACGGCACAUUCUGCGAAUAUGAACAAAACGAAUGUGACUCCCAACCUUGUAAGAAUGGCGGUGUCUGCACUGAUGGCUUGGGUACCUACCGAUGCACCUGCCCCGUGGGCUACAGUGGAUACAACUGCCAGAAUUUUGUCAACUUGUGCAGCCGGGUGCGCUGUCACAACGGCGGCUCCUGCUCUCAGACAGCAACGUCCUGGACCUGUCAUUGUCAAAUAGGAUGGACAGGGCGUUACUGUGACGUACCCAAUAUGUCUUGCCAGGACUUUGCUGCCAGGAAUGGUCUGGAAGUGGAGAAUGUUUGUAAAAAUGCAGGGCGGUGUGUAAACGUGGGGAACUCCCACCAGUGCCAGUGCCAGCCAGGAUACACAGGGAGCUACUGUGAAGACAUGGUUGACGAAUGCCAGUCCAAUCCUUGUCGCAAUGGAGCAACAUGCAAGGAUUAUCAGAGUACAUACGAAUGUAUUUGUAAGCCAGGCUACCAGGGGGUGAACUGUGAGUAUGAUGUUGACGAGUGCCACUCAAAGCCCUGUCUCCAUGGGGGAACGUGCAUCAACCUAAUCAACCACUUCACCUGUGCCUGCCCACCUGGAACACAGGGGCUGCAGUGUGAAGUGAACGUGGAUGACUGUGCACCCAGGCCGGGCUCAUCGGAGCCUCGCUGUCUGAAUGGGGGACAGUGUGUUGACGGCAUAGGGCGUUAUGCAUGCUCCUGCCCGCCAGGAUUUGUGGGGGAACACUGUGAGGGCGAUCUGAACGAGUGCCUGUCUGCACCCUGCCACGCCCCCGGAAGCCUUGACUGUGUACAACUUAUCAAUGAUUAUCAGUGCCGCUGCCGCCUUGGAUACACAGGUCGUCAUUGUGAAUCCAUGGUCGAUUUGUGUCUGUCCAAGCCGUGCCAUAACACUGGCGUCUGCUCCAUGAACAUGAGCUCUGUCCAUGGCUACACCUGCUCCUGUCCUCCUGGCUUUGCUGGCUUCAACUGUGGUGAACUGGAAGGCUACAGCUGUGCCAAGCUCCAUUGUCAGAAUGGUGGGAGCUGCGUUGAGUCACCAAUCGGCCAGCUCUACUGUCAGUGCCAGCCAGGCUUUAGCGGGCCACACUGUGAGGACAAGCAGACUUGCCCAUCUCCCUGCCAGCAUGGUGGAACCUGCAUUAGCGACCCUUCCAACCCGUACCUGUACAGCUGCCGCUGCCCCACACACUUCUCAGGACGAUACUGUGAGAACAAAGUGGCCGUGCCUCGCACGCCUUCCUGCCCAUAUGUUCAGUGUGAGCAUCAGGCGGGGGAUAAAGUGUGUGACACUCAGUGUAACAAUCAUGAAUGUCAGUGGGAUGGAGGAGACUGCUCGCUAAACUGGAACCAGCCUUGGGUGAACUGCACUGCCAAUGUUCCUUGCUGGGAUUACUUUAAAAAUGGUCGUUGCGACAAGGAGUGCGACAACCCCGGCUGCCUUUUUGACAGCUUUGAGUGCCAGGACAACACGCAGAGCACCUGCAAGUAUGACAAGUACUGUGCAGACCACUACGGUAACCUAGUCUGCGACAGAAGCUGCAACACAGAGGCCUGUGGCUGGGACGGCCUAGACUGUGCCAGUGAUACUCCAGCCAAAGUGAUAGACGGCACCCUUGUUAUUGUGGUUCGACUGCAGCCUAAGGAAUUGCUUGAGGACUUGGGUGGUUUUUUGCGGUCCCUGGGAGCCCUGCUACACACCAACCUGAAGGUGAAGUUUGAUGAAAAUAAGGAGCCAAUGGUGUACCCAUUCUACGGGCUGGAGGAUGAGCACGGACGGCGCCUCCAGAGAAGCAGAGGCAAGCGUGAAAUGGAGAGAGAGGUUAUUGGUUCUGUGGUGCACCUGCAAAUUGACAACCGAGAAUGUUCCCAGAAAUCCGAAAACUGUUUCUCCAACACCAAUGAAGCUGCUUCCUUCAUUGCAGCAGCACACAUCAAGGCUGACCUUCCCUAUCCUCUAGUGUCUGUGAACAGUGACCUGACGGGUACACCAGACAAAUUGUUUCCCAUGUAUAUGGUCGGAGUUGCAGUUGUUAUCAUUCUGCUUAUUCUGGUGUUGGGGAUGCUCGCGGCCAAGAGGAAGCAUAAACAUGGUCUGCUGUGGCUGCCUGAUGGCUUCAUGGCCACGAAAAAUGACAAGAGGAGAGAACCUGUUGGGCAAGAUGACUUUGACAUGACAAACUUCAAGACUCAGGAUGGAGCCAUUGAUGGAUGUCAGGGUCAGAGGUGGUUGGAGGAUGAGGUUCCAGCAAAGAUUCCAAGGACUGAAGGCAAGCCCUUGCUAUCUAUUUCUCCGGACGGAGGGGUUGAUCAAAGGGAGUGGACCCUGCAACAUCGCAAGGCGGCUGAUGUCAUACUAACCCCACCACAGGCAGACUUGGAUACAGACUGUCUGGACGUCAAUGUAAAGGGGCCUGAUGGCUUUACCCCACUGAUGCUGGCUUCUCUGCGCAAUGGCGGCGGCCCCGACUGCUCAAUGCAUUUAGAUGAGGAGGAGGAGAGUGGAGGAGAUGAGCCAGGGCCGAGUGUCAUCUCUGACCUGAUUGCUCAGGGUGCUUCACUCAUGGCCCAGACUGAUCGCACGGGAGAGACGGCACUCCACCUGGCCGCACGCUACGCGAGGGCUGACGCUGCCAAGAGGCUGCUGGAUGCUGGCGCUGAUCCCAAUGCCCAUGACAACAUGGGAAGAACCCCCUUGCACGCUGCUGUGGCCGCAGAUGCACAGGGAGUCUUUCAGAUUCUGAUUCGCAAUCGUGCAACAGAUCUGGAUGCCCGAAUGAAUGAUGGCACCACGCCGCUAGUGCUAGCAGCCAGGUUGGCUGUGGAGGGCAUGGUGGAAGAGUUGAUCCAUUGCCAUGCUGACAUCAAUGCUGUCGAUGACCAUGGCAAGUCCGCUCUUCACUGGGCUGCAGCAGUUAACAACGUAGAGGCGACUCUUGUGCUCUUGAAGAAUGGAGCCAACCGUGACAUGCAAGACAAUAAGGAGGAGACACCACUGUUUCUGGCAGCCAGGGAGGGCAGCUUUGAAGCAGCUCAGGUGCUCCUUGACCACUACUCCAAUCGUGACAUCACCGAUCACCUGGAUCGGCUGCCCAGAGACACAGCUCAAGAAAGAAUGCAUCACGACAUCGUCCGCUUACUGGACCAGUACAAUUUGGUUCACAGCCCCCACAACGGGCCCAAUCACAUGGGAGGGAACUCCUCGGUGAUGUGCGGAGCCAAUGGAGCUGGCUUUAUCGGUAUGCGACCUGGGCCGCAGGGGAAAAAGAGCCGCAGGGGUGGGGCAAAGAUGGGAGGUGUUGGCGGGGGAGCCAAGGAGCCGAAAGACAUGAAAGCAAAGCGAAGAAAGAAGCCUGCCGGAGGGGAGGGGGCAGCUGCAGGUGCUGGAGGAGGAAAUGGUGGUGGUGGUGGUGGCAGCGGCGUAAAUGGUGUGAAGGCAGCAAUUCCAGAGAGCUCUGUCACCAUGUCACCUGUUGACUCCCUGGAAUCGCCACACUCCUACACAGGUGACGUGUCCGUCUCCGCCUCCGCUUCCACCACUGCCAACUCGCCUCCCCUCCUGAGCAGCCCAGGCACCCGACCAAUGCUGCCGCCUGUCAGCCACAUGCUGGGCCAGCAGCAGCAGGCCUGGGUGGGCAUGACCAAGCACAGCUACAGCAGCCACAUGUUCGGCCUUGUGCCGCACCAAAUAGGGGGAUCCCACCGAAGCAUGGCUCAGCACCACAGCCAGGGCCCCAUGCUGACCCCCAUGAAUGUCACCAUGAGCAGGGAGCAGCUGCCCCCCAUUGUUACCUUCCAGAUGAUGGCCCCAGGGGGAGGACAGGCAAUGCUGAAGCAGCCUCAGCAAGGCCGCUUGCAGGUUACCCAGGCACAGCCGCAGAACCCCAAUGCGGGUCACUCCCAGCCGGGGCCAGGCCACCUCCACUGCAGCCAGGGGAUGAUGUACCAGAUGCCUGAGCAGAUGAGCAUGGCGCACGGGCUCUCCCACCCGAUGCAGCACCCCCACACCGUCACCCACGGGGGGCUUGAGGGCCAACCUCGACCACUGCCUUCAUAUCCGCCCAUGCAGAGCCCCGUGGAUAAGUACCCCACACCACCCUCCCAGCACAGCUUCACCCCGGCUGGAUCCGAGGGCACCACCCCCGGCCACUCUGCGCACCCUCCCAGCGAGCACCCCUAUCUCACCCCCUCUCCCGAAUCUCCUGACCCUUGGUCAUCCUCUUCUCCACACUCCAACUCGGACUGGUCUGACGUCACCACUAGCCCCACCCCUCUGGGGAACGCCCACCAUACACUGCCGUCGGCCCACCACACACACAUUCCAGAGCAGGUGCAGCUGCAGGCGCAAUCGCAGCAGCAGCAAGUGCAGCAGACCUCCCAGCAGCCUACGCUUGGAAGUAGGCAAGUGUUUGCAUAGGCUGGAAAAAGCAACACAGUGACUUUGGGGUUUUGUGUGCUUUGGCACAUGGUAAUGCCUUUUUUGUUCCCCUUGUAUGUUAGCCUUCUCUUUUUGCACUUACGAAAACUUGUAUAUACUGUAGUUCUUAAAAUUUCACUGAGCUAGAAAUUAAAUGUCUAUACCAAAAAGAAAGCAUGGAUGCAAGCUAAAAUCUCAUCUCUGACUUCUGAUAGUUUACUUAAAGGGGACGUAUUAUGCUCAUUUUUCGGCCCUUUGUAUUGUUGUGGACUCCUAUAGAGCAGCUACACAUGAUGACCAGCACAGAGAGCUUUCUAGAUCUUCCAGAAUCUGCACCUAUUCCAGUUGUUUCUUUGGAUUUCAUGCUUCCCGCAAAAACAGUCUGCUUUAAUGUAUUUAGCCCGCCUCCAAGCACGACCACUCCGCUGUGGUUGGUCACACUCCCAAGUGCUCAGAGGACUUACACUGUCGUGGCGCUAGCUGCAAACCAAUUUUGGAGUUGAUAAACAAUAUAGGAGUUGACACUGAUAAAUUGCUACUUAGUGCUUGCUCUUCUGACUCUUUGACACGACCAAAAGGAAACUUGGAAAAGCCCAGUUGCCAAGAUUGUUGGCGAGUCCAGCUGCAUACUGGACCCUGUUCACAAAACAGUGAAGUGUGAAAUGCUGUUGACAGUUGUACCUGAUGGUGGUGUCUUUAUGAAUUUUAAACAAAUGUAGCUUUCCCUUACACCCAAAGAAACACUUCCUGCAAGCCAACGUAAUCACAGAAGCAGAACUGGGGGGAGGGCAGAGACUGUAUCUUGCCUACAGCACACACCCAUAUAAGGAAGCCCAUCGGUGACAUCACAAACUUCCAGUUUUACAACGCCCUCUGAAACCCAGCGUUUAGAACCAUCCCAAAUUUCUUUCAGGGCUGACUUUCAAAUGUGCAAACCUCAUUAACUGAAACUUUGGCAUCGUUUAACACGAGAAUACAACUACAUUUAUAGGUCAGAAAAGUGGGAAAAGCAUUAUAGGUCCCCUUUAGGUUACCUUUGACACUCACAAAUGAACUUCAUUAAGGACCCGGCGAUGACCUCAUGCACAGAGUCGGUACUGUUUGUUUCUUUCUGCCACAUGCUAGCAUAUUUAAUGCCAAUAUGUUGAAACCACUCUCUGUUGGCUGCUUUAAAACCCAAGAACUGUUCUGUCUAAAAAUGUUACAAUCUUCCAUGUACACAAAGAAAGGUUACAGAUUAGCUCGAAAUACAAUGUUACAGCUCAUUACGUUGUUUGUAUUGAACAUUUUUGUUUGUUGCUCAUCAAAAUUAUCUAAAUUGACAGAAAAAAUACUUUCAUUAUAAUGCUUGGAUGUUAUUUUAUUUUCUGUUACAAAAAUAACAAUAAUAGCUUGAUGGGCUUAAUGAAAAAAAAGAAAGAAUCUUCACAGGUUUAGUGUGUUUUUACACAGACGCACAGCACAAUCUGCUUGUCUGAGAUUUCCCAAGACUUGUGAGAAAAUGUCAGUUUCUGUGUUUUUGUUGGAAUACUGUAAAGCGGGGCCAGUUCUACACUGGGGCAGCGCCCCUAAUAAAUAAAUGCCCCCCCCCCCCCCCCCAAAAAAAAGAAAUUAAAUUGUAGAACUUAAAACUCCACCAGAAACGGGGCAAGACUGCUCCCUCCAUCUCUCAUCUCCGUGAACGUGGCACUAUCGCGUUGCAUCAUGGUUCCUUCGCAUACUAACAGUGAUUGGAUGUUUACUGAGGGGAUGGGAGAGGAUCUGGGCAGUGAAGACACUUUGAGGAAACAGAAAGCAACCCGUUAGGCAACUAAUAAUUAACAACUAAAAACAAAGGUUAAUAUAACAUCUUUGUAAUAUAUUUGUUCAAUCAACUGGUUUAUUAGUUAACAAAUAACUGUUCUCCCCAGUGGGAGCUUGCAUGUAACAGACUGCCAGGAGUUGAGUCUUUAAGUGAGAUGUCGACCCGAUCUCAGGGUAGAGGCCUGACAAAGUACAAUCCACUUCUCCAGGUUGAGUGCUUGACAUGUUAGCAACUCCCAAAAGCACUUAUCAAAAAAUGUGUUGAUGUGUAUACAUAAUUCCCCCUUCACAUUUCCGACUGCCCAUAUGCUGAAUGUGCAUGCCUAGAACCGGCCCUGCUGGACACACUUCCAGAAUCAUCCUGAAUGUUACUAAAGUGCAUCUUUGUUUUUGUUUACUGCCUGUUUUUUUUUUCUACAAGUUUCUUACAAAUUGAUAUAAUCUUUUUUUGUUUGCUUAAAUACAAUCAUUGUAUGUGCUUCUUUUGUUGUUGUUGUUAUGAUACAUAGUAAGCCACAUCUGAAAGCUAAAAUCAAAGUAUUUUGUGACUUUGUGUGAUUUAAACACAAAUCUUUCACAGUUAAAACUUAAACCAACCAAAUUCUAAUUUUGCUCAGCCAAAAAAAAGUACCUUUUAGUCAGUAAAUUGUGAUGUCACACAUUUUUAUACAAUGGAUGCUGUCUUUAAAAGAUGACAUGCUUUGCAGUUUGACUAAACACAUUGAUAAAUCGAGUGUAUUUCUGCACGUAUCUCAAGCAAAGGUGUGUUUAUAAGAUGUGUAUAUAAAUGUUUCUUUUUGUUACGUACAUACCAUAUGAAGUAGUUGUCGCCAUUGUUUUUGUAAGUUAGAACUAAAACUAUUGUUGGAACAGAAAAUAAUCAACCAAGUAUGUCUUCUGAAAUAAAGCUCAGAUCAUCAUA